AUGGAAAACUUAACAUUAUAAGAUUAGCAGAAGAUUUUCAAAGAAUCCUUUGAAAAAGUUAAAAAUUAGUUAAUUGCUUCAAAUGUGCAAGAUUAAGCUGAGUUAAUUGCAAAAAAGAGCUGUGUAAUCACAAAGAGACUGUAAUCUGUUUGGUCAUAUGAAGAAAUUAGAUAAUUAGUUUGUAAUGGAAACUUAGAAUAUAAGCAAGAAUUAGAAAAAAUUUCUAAGAACAUGCAGAAUGCAGAUGAAACUUACCUAAAAGAUUUUGGAAUUAAAUUUAAGGCUGGUGUUGGAGAGCAUUUACCUAAAUUCACAGGACUUUUGGAUGUUUUUACCAACUAAGAAAAUGUUGAACUUGCACAUUAACCUGGAGAAGUUCUUUUAAUUGAUUUAUGGGCUACUUGGUGUGGACCAUGCUAAAACUCAAUGUAAAAUAGUGCAUCUAUUUUACUAAAGAAUGAAGCAGCAUGGAAGGAUAAGGUUAGAAUUGUUGCUGUUAGCGUUGAUGAAAAAAAAGAAGUAGUAAUCCAAAGAGUUUUAGAGAAAUAGUGGAAAAAAAUGUAGCAUUGUAAGCUAAAAGGUUGGGAUAAGGAGCAUGAUUUGAUAAAGCUUUUUGAAGUUUAAGGGAUUCCUUUUAUUAUCUUAGUUGAUAAGACUGGAAGAGUUUCAUAUACAGGUCAUCCAGGAAAGAUUAAUUUAGAAGAAAAAAUAAAUGAACUUUUAAAAAUGACAGAUUAAGAAUGCAAAGAUUCUUAUUUAGCAAACAAGAAAAAAUAGGAAGAAGAAUUUAACAAAAGAUCCCUUAUCACUAAAUAAUAAUACUCUGAAGUUCGUGAAUUCCUUAAAACAGAAUUCCUUACUCUUAUUACUGAGAAGUAUCCUGAUUUUAAAGGUAGAUUUGGUAUAAUUAUGCUCAAGGAGAAGUUAUUCAAAAAUGGAGCUAUAACUAAGGAAUACUACAAGCCUAUCAUAGAUUUUAUUAUUGACAAAAGAGAAGAAAAUUAAACAAGGGAGUUACUUGAGUUUUUAAAGAGCAAAUAUGGAAAGGAAAGAUUUUUAGUUGGAAUAUAAAAUGUUACUGAUUCUAAAGGUGUUGUACUUACUCAUAUGAAAGAUUUAAGCAACAUAUUGAAUGAGUUAAAUAUCACUUGUUUUAGGUUUAGCUUAAGAAGGGAUUUAGUUUUGAUGAUGGGCAAAAAUAAGCAAAUUAUUAAAUAAAAAGGAGAGGAACUAGGAUAAUAUGGAGAGAUGGCCCCAGGAGAUAUAACUGCUGACAGCUUGUAAAAAGUUAGAGCUAGAUUUAGAUUUUAUGGAGACAUGCUUUUCUAAUAAAAGAAAAACUUUGAUAUUGUGAAAAAGCUAUUAGCUAGUGGACCUUAAAUUUCUUUAAAAGGCACAAAAUUUUUAUCUAUGCCUGAGAUGUAUAAAUUAAACCAAUAAGAAGUAGCUUGUGAGUUAGCUCAUUAAUAAGGUGUAGUUUAUAUCAUAGACUUCUUCUUAUUCAAAUUUUAGCCAUGCAUUGAAAAAGUUAAUUAGUACAAAAAAUUAUAUGAAGAAAAUAAAGAAAAAUGGGGUGAUAAAGUUAAAUUUGUUGCUGCUUGCUUGGAACCUCAAAAUGAAAAAACACUUUAAUUGUAUAAUGAAAAUGGAUGGAGCUUUAUGGAAUUUUACUUUUUCAAAUAAGAUUUAAGAUUUAGAAGCGAGUUCAUGCAUUAUAGAAUCUAGUAAAUGCCUCAUAUUUGCAUUGUUGAUAAAUUUGGAGCUAUAAACUACAAUGGUGAGUCAAAGAGCGUUGAUCUUAGUACUAAAAUUGAUGAACUCUUAAAUGCUAAUUCUGUAACUAAAAGCGAGCCCUAGAAAAACGAAAAUAUGAAGGAAGCAGAAAUCGAGUAUGAAACAGUUAAAAAUUUAAUCUAAUCUGCAAAUACAGAUGCUAGCUUCUAGUUGUUGAAAAAGUUAUCAUAUGAUCCUAAGCUAAUUAUUAAGGUAACAAGAGAUAGAGUUUUUAACACUAAGGGAGAAAUGAUUGAAAAAAUAUACAGAAAGCCUGAAAUAGGAUUUGGAAUAAAAAAAGAAGAUGCCCAUAUUGUAGAUGAGUUUUUUAAACUUCAUGACAAGAAACAUUUCAAAGUUGAAGUUGAGUACUUAGAGAAUUUAUGA